AUGCCUCGCUGCAUCCAUAACUUGCCUAUUCUCAGAUUACUGAUCAUGGAUGUCACAUGGUGGGUGAAAUCACGAACUCGAGUCAUGUCAGUAAGCAGAGUACGUACCGUGUGGCACCCACGCCGAAGGGUUGUGCCCGACGCCACAAUUCGGGACUAUUUGCUGGACUAUGACAGUUCCGGAUGGCCACUAGCCACACCCGCCGCAACCCGCCCAAUCAUCAUGCAGAAUGCCUCGUCCCAUGCAUCCCGAGCAUGGAGCCUACAGGAGGAAGUAGCGCCGAUCGAUCUUGCAUUGCAUUGCAGAAACAUUCAACGAUUGGUGUCUGAAAAAGCAAGCAUUCCCGAUGACCACCAGCUUGAUCUUAUUGAUGAUGAAAUGAGAUUCGAUGAUCUCAAGGCCAGCGGAAGUCACGGCCUCUCGUGUGAUCGGUAUUCCGCACCCCAGGGUCUAGAUCUUGCACGCACACCGUUGUACUGGGUAUCAUGCAGUGGACCCACCGUUCACCCGGCCGGAGACCCCAAAUACAGAAAGAAGAUCUGCAUGUUGUGUGGACUCGGAGACAGUGGGACCAAGAGGCAUCUGCAGUAUCAUCCCGGCCGGCAUAAUUCGGGUCUAUCUCACGGAGACCUUGGGGGGAAUGCCAUUUGCUGGACGAGCACACUCUGGACGGAGUCCAAGGUUAUUUCCUCUAUUACUGAAAAGCCUAUCAUGCAUCUCGGGAUUACAUUGGGGAACACACCAGCCAUAAUUGAGGCUGGAAGGGAUAUGUGGCUGGUGUGA